GCUUGGUUUGUUGCACGGCGUCAUCUGGAGGGAUACCCGAAAAUAUAUAUAAUUAUGUAUCAAAUGGUUGCCCCCGCCUCGGAUCGGCUCGACUCUCUGCUCCUCCUGCCUGGUGUGGAACGACAGAUCAAGGGCAAGGACUAGAGGGCACGGUCAGGCAAAGAAAGUAGAUCAACGGGCGAAGCAAGAGACCAAUUGGCCAACUCCUUGUCACCUUGGGCCAGACGGACGGGUGGGCAACGAUCCUUAGUUGUUUUCUCGCUCUCUCGCUCUCUCGCUCUCUCGCUCUCUCGCUCUCUCUCGCUCUCGCGCCAAUCGUAUUUGUAAUCGUGCAUGUCGUCAAGUAAGCUUCCACCGGCGUAUGUUGAGCUGCUCGAGGCGGUGGCCCAAGAGCUGGCGAGGCGUGCGGCGACGUCGCGCGACGGACAAGUCCGCCAGGCGUUUCCCUCCAAAUCGAUUCUCGGCACGCUCGGCUCGCGCUCAAAGUCAGUGAUGCAGCGAGUGCGGAGUGCGGUGGCCCGCGACGCGUCGGCAACCAACCUGCACUCGGUCCUCGCCCAGUAUGGCUCGGCCUUUGGCAUCGAGUUUGACGCCGAGACCGACUCGAUCGCACUCUCGACCACCCUCCCGCCGGCCAUGAUCUCGCAGUUUCGCAAGAAGCGCCCGCGUCCGGGCUCGGACGCCUUUGACGCUCUCCUCGAGACCGCCGCCCAGCGGCUCGCUGCCGAGCUCGCCUCGCGCCAGGCGAACGCCAUCCCGGCCACCGAGCUCGGCGCCCGCCAAGAGAUGGUCGACAUCCGCGCUGCCUACGUUGCAGCAGGCAUGCUCGAGAACUACAAGCUGCACUCGGUACUCCAAGCCCCACCGUUUGCCAGCCGCUUUGUCAUUGUCAAGGUUGGAGCCGGCCCGGGCUACGAGAUCCGCCUCCGUCCGGCCCUCGGCAGCCGCUCGUCGUCAGCCUCGCUCAGCACAAGCUCGUCCUUCGGCUCGGUGAGCGGAGGCAAGGCUGCGACUGCUCGCGCAAUCUCGCCAGCGCAUGGCAAUGCAGUCGACCCGUACGGCCGCGUCGCCGCCGUCCAUGGCCGCGCCGCCCACCCGGCCCCGCGCCCUACCCCCUUUCCGGAUCUCUACCCGUCCGACGCACACUUGGGCCUCGGCGACCACGGGCGGCGGGCGAUGCGGCUCAGCGGCAUGUUUGCCGAACCGCACGCGGCGACCUCGACCACGAGCUCGAGCCCGAGCUCAAGUGCCAAUGGCAACUCCAGCCAAAGUAGCGGCGGGUACAACCUUGCUGGCGCCCAGGGUCAAGCCCAAGCCGCACCGUUCUCCUUUGUCACGCGAGGAACGCUCCACCAGUUUUACGCCGAACUGGACCGGCUGCCGCCGGCGUCGAUGCUCGCGCUCGACGCCGAAGGCACGCUCGAUGCCGAACAGCCGACCAUUCCGCUGGUCCAGGUCCAUCUGCCGGCGCCUGUCUCGCAGACGUAUCUCUUUCAUGAGCCGACGUGGGAUGCCGAGGCGGCCGGCGCCGGGACGACCGGCUCGAUGUGGGACCACCUGCGGGUCCUUGUGGCCGACGCCGAGUUUACACUUGUCGUCUUUGACGCCGCCCGCCUUGCCGGCGCCCUCCUCGCCACAGCCUCGCCCCUGGACCUUGGUGCCGGGCGCACCAUCCACGACGCCCGCGUCAUCGACAUUGCCGUCGCGGCGUGCGUUGUUGCCGGCAAGCGGCUGCCACCGACGCACGGGCUCAACGAGUGUCUGGCCGCCAUCGGCGCGGGCAGAAACCGCUUUGCCGACGUCGUGCCGGCAAGCGCUGUCCGCAGCGCUACCACCUGGGCCCGUCCGCUCCUCGCGGAGCAGGCGACUCGCUACGCGGUCGGCGACGUGGCGCACCUGGUGGCCGCCGCCGAGCGGGCCAUGGCCAGCGUCUCGGCGGUUCAGGCGCUCCGCAUCCAGGCCGAGUCGCUGGCGGCGACCCGCGCAGCCGUCGCGGCCCGACUCGCUGGCUCGGAUGCAGUGACCAAGACGCUCGCGGUUGGCCUUGAUGCUGCCGCGUCCGGCUAUGUCUUUGGCCGGCUGGCCGGCGGUGGCGGCGGCCUCACUCUGCUUGGCGAAGCCGAUAGUCCGCUGCCGGACCGCAGUGGCGUCGGGAGCGCCGGCCCGCCGCUGCCGCGCCAGAGCCAGGCCACACCGCCACCGGCGGCUGCCAUUGCACUUGCCUGCCUCCCGACUCACCUCGCCGGCCCUGUGGCGGCCACCAUCGACGCGCACGGCGGGCUCGAGCGGGUGGCGGCGCUUGGUGUCGACGUCGGCGCGCCCAUCAUUUGUACGUUUGCCGGCGGACGCGGCGCGGCGGCGCUCGCGGCCAGCUCCAGCGUCGUCACCGACGCCGACGUCGCCGCCAUUCUGGCCCGCCUCGCCAUGCUCCAGCGCGCCGAGUCGGCGGAAGCAGCGCUUGCUAUGACGACCUCGGGCGAGCUGCGCGCAGCCGACGAGCGCGGCACCCCCGCGGUGGCGCCUGUCGUUUACGGCGGGAGUGUGGUGGGCGAGGCCAGCUUUGGCGUGCCGGGCGUCGCUCUCCGGGUCUCGCAGCUCCCGCCGCUUGUUGCCGGCGGCGGGCCCGGCGGCCUUACCCUCGCGGUCGGGCACGACUGGGACGCAGCGACUCUCCCGGCGGCGGUCCUUCUCGGCGAUGUGUGCGAGGGAGCGGCGAGCACCCGCGGCGGAAGCGAGUCAAUACUCAUUGUAGGCCCGCGGCGGUCGGGCAAGACGUCGCUCCUCCGGGCCGUCGCCCGACGCGCCGCCGCGCGCGCCCGGCACGUCCUCAUUGUGGUCUCCGGCCCCGCAGCGUAG